UUUUAUUUUACUACAACCUCACUCUUUCUUCGUAUAUGAGAGGCACGGAGCACUUGAUAUACCUUGAUAAGUCUUGGCCACCAGAUCCUUGAUAAAAAUCUUGAUUGAUGCGUGAGCUGAAUCGAGAUCCUCACGCCUUCCACCACUCUAAUGACCUAGCUGGCAGUCAUGUCAAACCCUAACGACUACACAGUUGGCUGGAUCUGUGCCAUAAGCACGGAGUACGUUGCCGCGCAAGCUUUUCUUGACGAAAAGCACGAAGGGCCUGAAUAUGUGUCUCCUAACGAUAAUAACGAUUACACCCUAGGCAAGAUUGGAAAACACAAUGUUGUCAUAGCCGUUUUGCCUGGUGGAGAAUAUGGUAUAGCUUCUGCUGCAGUUGUAGCUAGAGAUAUGCUACACAGCUUCCCAAACGUUAGGAUCGGCCUGAUGGUUGGAAUCGGUGGCGGUGUACCAAGCCAAAAGCACGAUAUUCGUCUCGGCGACAUUGUGGUCAGUGUACCUCGAGAUGGGAAGGGUGGCGUUUUCCAAUAUGACUUUGGCAAGACAAUACAGAACCAGAGCUUUUGCACAACAGGGUUCUUAAGCCAGCCUCCAACGGUGCUGUUAACAGCAGUUAGUGGACUUCAGGCGCAAUAUGAGAUCGAUGGCCACCAACUUGAUAAGGCCAUUAAUGACGUGCUCAAGAUGAAACCGAGAUUAGUCAAGAAGUAUAAACGCCCCGACCCAAGGACAGAUAGAAUUCUCAAAUCUGAAGUCACCCACGAUUCUGUCUGUACCACAGAGUGUGCUCACGGUUUAUUCAACGUGGUAUUCCAAUUUGAGCGGGGAGACGAGGAGGACAAUCCAGCAAUUCACUACGGCCUGAUUGCUUCUGCAAACCAGUUAAUGGAAGACGCACUAGUUCGAGAUCGAAUUGCGGCGGAAAUGGACGUCCUGUGUUUUGAAACGGAGGCGGCAGGGUUGAUGAACCAUUUCCCGUGCCUAGUUAUCCGGGGCAUAUGCGAUUACUCAGAUAUGCACAAGAACAAGGAGUGGCAAGGCUACGCAGCAAUGACAGCGGCUGCAUAUGCUAAAGACCUUUUAAAUCGGAUCCCUCCAAAUAGGAUUGAAGCUGAGGAGAAGGUUAUAGAGCUUCUUUCUCGAGUUCACAAUUAUGUUGAAAAAGUCGAGUCUAAACUGGAUAGAAAAGAAGACGCCGAAAUUCUUAACUGGCUUACACAUAUUGACUAUGGCCCUCAGCAGAGUGACAAUCUACAGAGGCGGCAACCGGGAACUGGUCAAUGGCUUCUAGACUCUACUGAGUACUCCAUCUGGUUAAAGACCGACAAGCAGACGUUAUUCUGCCCAGGGAUUCCAGGAGCUGGGAAAACCAUUCUUACAUCAAUUGUGGUAGACGACCUUUGCAAGAGAUACCCUGAUGAUACCUCAAUUGGGGUUGCUUACAUCUACUGUAACUUCCAACAGAAAGGCGACCAAACGGCCUACGACCUACUUGCAAGUCUGCUUAAACAACUAGCCCAAGGCCAGUCUUCUCUGCCAGGCGGCGUAAAAGAUCUCUAUGACCAACACAAAGCUAAGAAAACGCGGCCAUCAAUAGACGAAAUCUCCAAGGCUCUACAGUCUGUGGCGGCUACAUUUUCGAGAGUCUUUAUUAUCGUUGAUGCUCUUGAUGAGUGCCAAGCAUCAAACAAGUGCCGGUCGACACUACUUUUGGAGAUAUUUAACCUGCAGGCAAAAACAAAAACAAAUUUCUUUGCAACUUCACGAAGAAUCCCGGACAUUGAAAAGGUGUUCAAACGAUAUCCUUCUCUUGAAAUCCUUGCAAGCGAUGAAGAUGUACAGAAUUAUCUUGAUAGUCAAAUGUCAGAACUACCGGGGUGUGUCUUAAAGAGGCUAGAUCUACAAGAAGAAAUUAAGAUCAAAAUCGUCAAAGCUAUUGACGGAAUGUUCCUGCUCGCAAAGCUUCAUCUUGAUUCACUGAGAAGUAAAUGGACGCCAAAAGCUAUCCGGACAGCUUUAGAAGCCCUGCCCACUGGGUCUGAAGCAUAUACUGAGACGUACGACGCAGCGAUGGACCGGAUCAAGGGGCAGACGGGCUCGAGAGAGCUUGCAAUACAGGUCCUAUCUUGGAUCACCUGUGCAAGGAGACGACUGACUACAUUAGAACUUCAGCAUGCACUUGCUGUAGAAGUAGGCAAGUCUGACUUGGACGAAGAUAAUCUCCCAGAAAUCGAAGAUUUGGUCUCUGUGUGUGCGGGAUUAGUCACUGUUGAUGAGGAGAGUAAUAUCAUCCGCUUGGUCCAUUAUACAACACAGGAAUACUUUGAGCGGACUCAAAGCCAUUGGUUCCCGAACGCAAAUGUCGGCAUCACGACAACAUGCGUUACCUACUUAUCAUUCCGCGUCUUCGAAAGUGGAUUUUGUCCAACGGACGACAGCUUCAAUGAGCGGUUGCGAUCGAAUCAUCUUUAUAACUACGCGGCACGCAACUGGGGCCACCAUGCUCGCAAGACUUUGACAUUAUGCCAGGAAGUCAUGGAAUUCCUCGAGCAGCAGGCAAAGGUCGAAGCAGCGAGCCAAGCGCUGAUGAUGCCCGCACAAAGUUCAAAUUACAGCCAACGAGCACCAAGGCGUAUGACAGCUCUUCACCUAGUGGCAUACUUUGGGAUCGAGGAUGCGGCUAUGGCACUCUUUCAAAAUGCAGUAGAAAUUGAUGCCAAGAACACUGACAGUCAGACGGCAUUGUCCUUGGCGGCAAAGAAUGGCCACUCGAGAGUGGUAGAGCUGCUACACGAGAAUGGUGCUGAGCUAGAGUCUGAGGAUGACCGGG